CUGAACUUGUAUCUGGCCACAUGGUUUCAAGGUCUGACAAUCUCAAUGAGUCCUUAUUGAAUCGUAUACUUGUGUCUCUCUUAAAACACACUGAGGUCAUGGUCAUUAUGUCAUUUUUUUAUUUCACUGAUAAAUUCCCUUUAUUUGUGCUUUUAACAAAAAUCAAUUGUCAAGUGUUACUAAAAACUUUUUAAAGUGCAGAAAAAAAAAAACCUGUGUCAUUUAAAUUAUUGUGUCUCACUGGAUGUUUUCUACCAAAAGGAUAAAGUGAUAUUUCAUCUUCAGUUGAGAGUCAACAAAAAAUUACUAAAAUUAAUAUUUGAUAAGAAGACAUCAUCAUGGGCAUUGAAGACGUAUUCUCGGGUGUCGUUAGUUCAGCUACUGGAAGUUUAUCAUGGUUUUUUCCCACAUUAGCAGCUGCAAUUGUCUAUUUUCAAUACGAAAUUAUGGAUCCUGAAUCGCGACCAAUUGACAUUCCCUCAGAAUUAUUGUUACCCUCGUACGAUUUUAUUGUCGUCGGUUCCGGUUCAGCAGGCGCUGUAGUGGCAAGUCGUCUGUCCGAAGUGGAAAAUUGGAACGUUUUACUAUUGGAAGCCGGUGGUGAUGAAACAGAAAUUUCAGAUGUUCCCUUACUCGCAGGAUAUUUACAGCUCAGUCAACUUGAUUGGAUGUAUAAAACUGAACCACAAGGAGAUGCUUGUUUGGCAAUGGAAAAUAGUCGUUGCAAUUGGCCACGUGGAAAAGUCAUUGGCGGAAGUAGUGUUCUCAAUUAUAUGCUCUAUUUACGUGGCAAUAAAAAAGAUUACGAUUUAUGGGAGGAACAAGGUAAUCCAGGUUGGGGUUCAAAAGAUGCUCUCUAUUAUUUUAAAAAAUCCGAAGACAAUUUAAAUCCAUAUUUAGCACAAACGCCAUAUCAUUCAACGGGAGGUUAUUUAACUGUUCAAGAAGCACCAUGGCAUACACCAUUGGCGGCAGCAUUUGUUGAAGCUGGUCGCGAUAUGGGCUAUGAUAAUCGUGAUAUUAAUGGUGAGAAACAAACGGGUUUUAUGAUAGCACAAGGUACAAUAAGAAGAGGAAGUCGUUGUUCAACAGCUAAAGCAUUUUUGCGACCAGCACGUCUUCGUAAAAAUUUACAUAUUGCUAUGAAUUCACAUGUGACUAAAAUUCUCAUUGAUCCAACAAGUAAACGUGCCUAUGGUGUGGAAUUUGUUCGCGAGGAGAAAAUCUAUCGAAUAAGAGCAAAAAAAGAAGUAAUUCUUUCGGGUGGUGCAAUUAAUUCACCACAAUUAUUAAUGCUAUCGGGAAUUGGACCCGAGGAAGAUCUUACACAAUUGGGUAUUCCUGUUAUUCAAAAUCUUCGGGUUGGACACAAUUUACAGGAUCAUGUGGGUCUUGGUGGUUUGACAUUUAUGGUGAAUCAAGAAGUAUCAGUUGUUGAAAAUAGAUUACACAAUGCACAAUCAGUUUUACAGUAUGCAAUAUUUGGCACUGGCCCUCUAACAGUAUUGGGUGGCGUUGAAGGUUUAGCGUUUGUUAAUACAAAAUAUGCAAAUGUAACUGAUGAUUUUCCCGAUAUUGAAUUGCAUUUUAUAUCGGGUUCAACAAAUUCCGAUGGUGGUAAACAAAUACGUAAGGUUCAUGGUUUAACGAGAAAAUUUUAUGACGCUGUUUUUGGAAAAAUUAAUAAUAAAGAUGCAUGGAGUGUUAUUCCAAUGUUGUUGCGACCAAAAAGUAAGGGAUUUAUUAAAUUGAGAAGUAAAAAUCCUUAUGAUCAUCCAAUGAUUUAUCCAAAUUAUUUUAAAGAACCAGAAGAUUUAGCAACACUUGUUGAGGGUGUUAAAAUUGCAUUGGCAUUGAGUAGAACGGCAUCGUUUAGAAAAUAUGGAAGUGAAUUAAAUCCGGCACCAUUUCCAGGAUGUUCGCAUAUACAAUUGUAUACAGAUCCAUAUUGGGAGUGUAUGAUAAGACAUUAUUCGGCAACAAUUUAUCAUCCUGUGGGCACAUGUAAAAUGGGUCCAUAUUGGGAUACGGAAGCUGUUGUUGAUCCACAACUUAAAGUUUAUGGAGUGACGGGAUUAAGGGUUAUUGAUGCUUCGAUUAUGCCAAAUCAAAUUAGUGGCAAUACAAAUGCUCCGGUUAUUAUGGUGGGUGAAAAAGGCUCGGAUAUUAUUAAACAAUAUUGGCUACAAAAGAGAACAAAUCGAGGUUAAAGGGACAAAAAUUAUUUUAUCAAGAAUUUUGAAAAUUUAUAUUUCUUCAAGAGAAAAAUAAUAAUUGUUUUAAAUUUUCGCGAUGAAAAUCUCUAAAUUUGAAAGUAGUAAUUUGAGUUGAUGAUAAUUUUAAUUAGUUAAAUUUUAUUGGUAAAAUAAUUUCCCUUUUUGAAUAAUUUACUGAUUCAAAUUAGAAGAGUUAAUUUAUUCAUGCUGUAAAAAAAAAAAUUUCUCUUAGCCUAUUAUAGCUAAUAAUUAAGAAAAGAAAGAAUGUUUUCUGAUAUUUUUAUUAUUUAUUGCGCAAUCAGUGAAACUAAAUAUUACAAUUACUUUUAUAUCAAUAGAAUGUUUGUAAUUUAUAACGUGUCAGCGCAAAUGUGAAUAGAUGAUUAGAUUUUUAUUUCUCAGAAAUAUUAAUAGUAGACUCUAUUUUUGUAUAUAAAUUAACGGUGAUUAAUUUUAAAAUUUUC